AACAAUAAUAGGAGCUUGCACUUCCGAAGAGAGUGUCCCACAAAAACGCGGCGGAACUGGAACCUCACAAUCCACCCACCGUGCUGCUGUGCUCGGGGCUGCCGCCGGCCGACGAGAUGCCCCGGGUGCCUCGCCCCCAGCAGCGGCCUCGUGGCCCUUCGAAUCGUUUGCAUGCAGCUGCCGAGUGUGGUUCUUUCGAGGCUACAGCUACCGUCCUUGCGAGCGGUGCUUUCGACAUUGAUCAGGGCAAUGAGUACGGCUGGACCGCUCUCAUGCUGGCGUCCCGCGGAGGUUACGCCCGCAUUGUUGGGAUGAUUUUGAACAAGGGCGCACAGGUCUCGAUAACGAAUGAUCAUGGCGCCACUGCUUUGCACUGGUCUGCUAUGGCAGGACACCUGGCGGUGACCAAGAUGCUGGUGGAGGCGGGUGCACCCGUCGAAGCAACAACCACACAACACCUUUGCACGCCGCUUCACUAUGCUGCUGACAACGGGUGCGCCGCGUCGGUAACAACAUUGCUCGAGGCCGGUGCGAAUUUGAACAGCCGUCGGUCGGAUGGGGCAACACCGCUGUACACUGCAGCGUGGAAAGGAAACGUGGAUGCGGCAAGAUUGCUGCUUCUUGCGAAGGCAGACCCUCUCCUGACUACCGUACCUGAUCCGUCGGGGAGGACCUUCCUCCCGUUGGAUGCGGCAGCGGAAAACGGACACCCUGAAGUGGUAAACGAGCUGAUUCGGCAGGUGGGCAUCGAUGGCUGCGGUGGCUCAAGCGGCGGCGUGCGUGCUCUCCAGCAGGCCGCGCAAUUCAAGAAUUUGAACAUCAUGGUCAUUCUAACGAACGCCGGAGUAGUCGACACGGGGUUAGCUCUGGUCGUGGCCGCCGGAUAUGGGGGCGAGACCCCCUUGAAGUUCCUGUUGGAGCAGGCAAGGGCGAGGAAAACUAUGGAUGAGGCGGCGUAUGUGAAUACCCGCGACCGUGGCGGUGUGACGCCAUUGCUCUGGGGCAUUCAACAUUACCGCCCCAGAGUUGUGCGGUUGCUUGUCGAAGCCGGAGCGGACACAACAUCACCUGUUGCCGUCCGCAACCAACUUGGGGGGGACGAUGUCAGCAUCACACCCCUGGGCCUCACGAUGAAUCCCGUCCGUGACAAAGUUAAAGUUGUCGGGCGUGGACCCGCAUCACCGGAACAGCUGCAUAAGCUAGAGGCCAUACGCCGCUUGCUGCUGCGAGUGGAGGCAGUCCACGCGGUCUCUUGGCUGUGGCCUAGCGAUAUCUCCACCAUUACCCGUGCUGCCGCAAGGGGCACCGAUAGGACAACGGCGAUAUCGACAGCGGUAACACUGCCCAUGUUGGUGACGAGGCGAAGGGCUAGAGGGCGCAAGGUUCCUUUGGCAGCCCUGUUGAGGUAUUCGUCAAAGCCAUGAUGGACAAGGAUCCUUGCUCGCCUUCAGCUUUGUCGUCGGACAGAGUGGUGUAGCGGGUACUCAAGCAGCCGUGCCCAGGCGUGGAUUAAAAUGUUUUCGGUACUUGUAACAUUAAGAAACCGGUUUGACUAGGACGGCUCAAGCGCUUUAGGUCUCCCCUGAAGGGAGAUGGUGACCUCAAUGUGUCCGUGGGCAUGCAAUAAUAGGAUGGUGAAGCACUGUCGGCGAAAUUUCUGGUGGAGUUGUUGUGGCUUCUGCUAGUGAAGAUCGUUGUUGUUUAGAUUAAUGUUGACUUAAGGCGGGAGAUUUACUACAGAGCACGGUGAUCAUCAUACACAAGAGCCGCCGACUGCUUUGCCUACGUUUCGUCUGGUCCUAGUCCUGGGUGCUCGCUGUUGGGUGUUUUGACGUUUUGACACGAUGUAUCUGGUUCGAGGCGCUCCUGCGGCGGGGAGGGCGCCCUCCUUGGUCGACGAAGGUUAUUGACGUUGUUGUUUAGUACAAUGUAGAUCCUUCCCACGUUCUUUUCUCUCGCUCUUGAUCCUUGAGUUCAAGUUUCGAGGGUGCUGUAUGUAGCAGUAGUUGAUUGUGAUGAUAUGGGAAGCAAAACUCCAUCGGAUUGACAUGCAGUGACAGAGGAGGUAGACUUGAACGCGCAUCCUGCUCGACGGUGAUGAUGUGCGCACCAAAACCCCAUAGGAUUGACAGUGACGAGAGAAGGUGGACUUGAACCAUCUCGUCGCCAAGCUUCAUUUCGGGCGUUUCUGUAUAGAUGGCUGAGCCUGUGGAAGUUUAGUGUGAGCCCAGGCAUCUUGUAUGCCCGGGCCUAUUCGCAGAAUGCCUCGCUACAUGUACUUUGCUCGUCCUGGUAUGAUGUUGUUGUUGUAACGGUGACACGUACGUUUGUUUGUGAGUUUGUGCUGAUUCGUAUCUAGACUAUGCGGAUAGAUGUGUGUUGAGUUGAUACGCCCUCUCCUUGGUUUUGGCAGUCUGUUUCCAAGUGUAACAGGCCCACAGUACUACGGUAUUAUUUCAUUUUUUUUGUCUCCCGUUAUUGGACCC